UGAGAAAUUCCCGGGGUCGGGUCGGGCUACAGCCAUUGCACAGCCACUUGUUUCCUUCGUCACUUACCAGCACUUACCACAUGGUCGAACGACGAACCAUGGUUCCUUCUGUCUCUGCGGUGCAAGAGCCGAUUCUGUCCAAGGAAGAGAAAUGGCGUCUUAUGCAAGAAUCCGAUCAUCCUCAAGUCCCAGACGGGCCAGGCGUCGAUGAGAUCGAGGAACAAGACUCUCCACUCGCCGAAGAAAUAUUCAAUGCUAUUACUAUGAUUGUUCCAUUCUCAUUCUUGCUCCUGAUGAUGGAGAUACUCAUCCGGCACCAGUAUGGGAAACAUCCAGGGUUGGAUGUGCUUGUGGAAAGGAUGGUAUCAAAUGUCCCUAUACUGGCUUUACUCAUCUUCUAUACGAUGAGAUACAAGGAACACCGCAGGCUCCAAAUCGGACUCUUCUUGGCCUCCGUAGGUAUUGGGUGUAGGGUGACAUAUCUGUUGAGUCGUGGUUCCCUAUAUGUCAACAUUAGACAGAUACCACCACUCUGUACCCUUUGGAUUUACGCAAUCGUUCAGCUUGAGCUUGGGCCGGCCCUACUGAAUUUGGCCACCGUCGCGGCGUAUGUCUGGUGGAAUAGUUUAAAGCUCCUCCGAUGAACGCGUCGCGUCAUUUUCUGCAAUGUAUUGGCGGAGCAAAACAUAUUCGCAAUGGACGAUUUUUUCCGUGUUUCCUUCCCCUGACGGUCUAUUCAUGUACAGAAUGUUGUCAUCGUUUAUAAAUCAGAUUGGUAUUCUCAGACCUAAUAAAUCUACAGCUUGCAAGGAAUACGC